AUGACGAGUCCCGUAUCCGGCCGGCCGCUACCCUCGUCCUUCGACGAGAACGAGUUCGCGGUUUCCUGCAGGGAAUUCUACAAUGAAAGCGGUCUUCAGAAAGUCCUGGGCCGCAUGAAGCGCGAGCCUCUCGUGCCCAUUGGAUGCCUCCUUACCGUUGCUGCCUUUACCAACGCCUACCGCGCCAUGCGUAAGGGCGACCACAAUCAAGUACAGCGUAUGUUUCGAGCACGUGUCAUAGCCCAAGGCUUUACCGUUGCUGCCAUGGUGGCCGGCGGUCUCUACUUCGGCGCCGAGCGACACAAAGAACGAGAGCAGUGGAAGAUGCAAGAGCAGGAGAAGGCCGACGAAAAGCGCCAGAAAUGGAUCCGAGAGCUCGAGGCUCGUGACGAUGAGGAGAAAGAGCUCAAGGCUAUGAUGAACAAGAGGCGGGAGAAGAAGAAGGCGACUACAGCAGAAGCGGCGCGCGACAAUUUCCGCGCCGCUGAGGCCAAGAGGCUGGAAAGUGAGGCUGCGCCAGCUGUGGAUGAUAAGGUCAACAACGGGACGUCGACCUGGGGGUUUGGGUGGCUCAGCCGGUCGAAACCCCCCACCUCCGAGGAUGAGUUUAGGCCCGAGGACAGCACAACGUCUGAAAACAGGCCCGGUUCGAAGUCAUCAGACAAGUAA